AUGAAUGACCUGAACAAGGACAACAUGAUUGAUAGCAACGAAUUGUUCAAGAUUAUCACUCAUAGUCAUACAGGUCCUGGAAAACCAGUGGAGAAUGAAGACUCUCUGAAGGAGAAGGUAGACUGUCUAAUGCGAGAUAUGGACCUUAACGGAGACGGCUUCAUUGAUUUCACUGAAUUCACGAGUCGAAAGGAUCAUGAAGGAAGCUGCUCUCGUCGAUUGCACUGA